AUGGCAUCUGUACAUAUCCAUAGUCAACCGAAAGGAUUAACAAGACUCUACGCCAAUGCACUAAAGUUAUACCGAGCUGUAUACGUGCUAUUUAACUGGAUAGAAGGUUUCCUUUGCAAGGAAACACUAACCCAAGGUUCUCCGUACAAGAUGAAACUUAUGCUAUGCUAA